AUGAAGAACGUUGUUGGAAUUGUUGCCGGCGUGGUGUUCCUGGCGAGCGGUGCGGCCGCGGCGGAGAACUGCGCGAGCGUUGCCGUCACCGCGAUCCCUUCCUGCGCGCAGAGCUGUUUCCUCGAGGGCGCGUCGUACGUUGGCUGCGAUAGCCUCGACUUUGGAUGCCAAUGUGGGAAGGAAGCGGCGCUGUAUGCUGCCAUUGAGCCUUGUGUCGCGACCGGUUGUCCUGCCGCGUCAUUCCAGGCUGUUAUCAACGGUGCCUCGUCUGUUUGUGGUUGCGCCGGGGCAGGUGCAGGCGGCCAAACCGUCUCUGGCUCGUUCGUUUCGGCGAUGUCCUCUCCCUCUGGCAUUGGAUCUACGUUGGCAACUGCGACCGCAAGCGCAUCCGGCUCUGGUGGUGCUGGAGGCUCGUCUGCCUCAGCGACGCAAGGUGGUGGAGGAAACCCAUGGAAUCCGCCUGCCACGGUUAGCCCGAUCUCAACUGCGUCCCCUGUCAACGCCGCCGGCCGCCAGUCGGACUUCAAGAUCGGCCUGCUAGCCGCUAUGGUCGGCGCGACAAUAUUCGCCGGAAUCAUGCCUUAG